ACAAAAAUGGCGACUUCCGCUGAUGUUCACGUCCAAAUUUGUGUUCAACAAAUGAUCAAAUUUGACCUCCAAGUGAAAGAGAACAUUCAGUCCAUCCGAGAAUGUUGUGGGCCUCAGAGUGCACUCGUGCAGCUCAACUGUCAAGUCAAAGAAAAAUUCAAGCAACUCAGACGCACAAUUCAGGAGCUGGAGCAGAUGGCGCGAGAACAGGACAAAGAAUCGGACAGAAUUUCUAUCCAAGCAGAGGCUGACAGCCAAAGAAGACAAAUGAUCAGUAAUCAGACGGCGUGGAGAAAAGCCAACCUGGCGUGCAAAGUGUCCAUGGACAAGAUGGAGAAAGAUGAGCUACUGCGUGAAGGAGAUGGAGCAGGAGUCAGGAGCAGAAAAGCCACCAAAGAAAGCCUGGUUGAGAGCAGCAGUAACAUCACCGAGAGCUUAAUGUCCAUCAGCAGGAUGAUGGCGGAGCAGGUUAAGCAGAGCGAGGACAACAUCGGCACCCUGGCCACUUCCUCCCGCACGGUGCAGGAGACCAACGAGGAGUUUCGGAAUAUGACGGGAACGAUCCACCUGGGCAGGAAGUUGAUCCUCAAGUACAAUCGGCGAGAGUUGACAGACAAGCUUCUCAUCUUCUUGGCGCUGGCGCUCUUCCUUGCCACCGUACUCUACAUCCUCAAGAAGAGACUCUUCCCCUUCCUUUAG